CCCAGUAUCGCCCCGCCCCGCGCUACCGACGGUGUUCGCUGCGUGAUGGUGUACAGGAGAGGCGCGGGAUGGCUGCUAAAGGCUUAAAAUGGGUUUUUGAAAGGGGUCGGAGCGCCAUGAAAACAUACGGCAUCCUGCUCCUGCUGCUCUCUGACGUUUUCCUCGGUUCUGCACACGGCUACCUGAGCUCUGCACAUGUGGGUCAGGAGCCUGCUUACACCCCUCAGCACAACCCUGCGAUGAGCGGUCCAGCUUUGUCAGCUCCAACAUCAGAGUCUACAGAUGUUACUGACAGUUACAUAGCCAAGUGUCCAAGUGGAGGAGCGUGCAGCAAGUUACCUGCGGACUGCUUCGCCUGUGACUACCACCACAACUGCAGUUAUGGCAAGCCAGCCAACUUCACCUGCAAGGUCAAGGACAGAGUACAGUGUGCGGACAUGUCAGAGAGGAAGUUUAACCUGACCGUGGAUUGUCAGUUCUGCUGGCAGCUGGAUCCGUCUAAAUACCGCUGCAACAUCUCAACCGCAUGCAUGACCGUGUCCUGCCCCCGCAAACGCUACAACACCACCUGCAAGGUGCUGGACCAUGUCAACUGCAUAGGGAAAAGGGAGUUUCAGAAGCGUCUGUUCUGCAACUGGACUGGAGGAUACAAGUGGUCUACAGCACUGACUCUCAGUAUCACUUUGGGAGGAUUCGGUGCUGACCGCUUCUAUCUGGGCCAGUGGAGAGAGGGGCUGGGCAAACUCUUCAGUUUCGGGGGGCUGGGCAUCUGGACCCUGAUUGACGUCCUGCUCAUUGCCGUAGGUUACGUGGGGCCUGCUGACGGCUCGCUCUACAUCUGAGACUUAAAACUGAAAACACAAGUGUCUCAAGGUCUCCAAUACCGGCUUGCUCAAAGACAGUGAGGAUUAGGCCGUUUUCAAGCCUGCCUGAGUGACUUCAUAGUUGUCCGCAUGAUUCCCAGUCCUGCUAGCACACGUGCGAGCGUCCAAACUCCCACUGCUGUCGAUUCCCAUCUGCUUGUGCGGAGGGCUCUGGCUCAUUGGUUAUGCGCUCAGCUCCAUGUGCUGCGGAGAGAGGAGGCGGCAGCGGCCGGGGGAAAUCUGCGCCCUUCCACGCUCCAUGCUGCACACGCUGUAGCGAGAAACGCAUGUGAACUCGGAGGCUGUCAGGAGUCGUGUGACUUUUUUUUCCCGGGCCCAUACAGACUCUGAGGCUUCAGAGUGAAGCCUACAGACGUGUAAUGACCACUUCUGCGUACCAGUACAGGGAAAUGAGGUAACUGUAAUUGCAAAAGUAGCCGGACAGACAUAAAUGGACCCGUCUCGCAGCCGAGUGCUGUUUCCUGUAGGAGUCAUGAAGUCUUCAGGUCUGCGGAUGGCUUUUUAAGUGUCUUUUUAUUUUGAAAAGGGAUAAAUACUACAGAUGUGUCACUUGUGGAUAUAAGCACACAGUGUAACAUCACAGCUGUACAUAAACACAGUUAAUUGUGAUGGUUAUCUAGAUAGAAACUACAUUUGUGUCACCACUACUUUUUUUUUUUUUCCUCUUUUUUUGAAUUAAGGCUUAUGAAGGACUUGACAAGAGCCAAUGAUUGUGACCACUGCUUCAGUUGUUUGUUUAUUGUUACUCCGUCAGUUGCUAUUGAGAUAGAUGGCAAGGUCAUUAGGUUUCAUGAUUGAGAUGUAUUUGUUCCGCCCACCCAGUUACAUAAAUUUUGAGAGAACCUUGACCAAUCAUGUGAUGCACGAAUGGGAUACAAGGCUAAAAAUAAACCAUAUGAAACUGCAA